AUGAAGCUCUGGUGGGUUGGCAUUGUAAUAUCACUUGUUUUCAGCAAAUGGGCUAAUGGGUUUGUAGAGCACAGCUUUAAUGAAACAGAGCUGUCUUUCUUGGAGGCCUAUGGAGAAUCCAAGGUCGGAGCUAACUAUCUCAUGGUAGGGCUAACCCUCAUUCCAGGAGCUGGAGCCAAAAGAGCAGUCUGCUUGGAUGGAACCUUACCCGGGUAUCAUUUGCAUCGUGGAUACGGGUCAGGAGCAAAUAGUUGGCUCAUUCAAUUGGAGGCGGGGAUCGUCAAGAUUCAUGGAAAAAACAUAGCAUUUACUGGAAUACUAAGCAAUAAAGCUGAAGAAAAUCCUGGUUUUUCCCUCAAACUUAAUGCUAACUUGUCAAAGACUAUACUUGCAUCUACCUUUUUCUGGUUCUGUGUUGACCCUCAUCUUAUCAUCCAUGGGAUUGCAGAUUUUUUCAACUGGAACAGAGUAAAGCUUCGGUAUUGUGAUGGUGCUUCUUUUACUGGGGACGGUGAAGAUAAGGCCAGACAACUGCAAUUUAGAGGACAGCGUAUAUGGUUGUCUGCAAUGGAAGAUUUGAAGUCAAAGGGCAUGCGCUAUGCCAAGCAGGCUCUUCUUUCAGGUUGCUCUGCUGGUGGUCUGGCAGCUAUUUUGCACUGUGAUGAGUUUCGGGGCUUAUUUCCAAGAACUACAAAAGUGAAGUGCCUGAGUGAUGCUGGAUUGUUUCUUGAUGCGCCUGACGUUUCUGGUGGACGCACACUCAGGAAUUUAUAUAAUGGUGUUGUUGGCUUGCAGGGAGUGCAACAUAAUCUGCCACGGUUUUGCACUAACCACCUUGAUCCUACUUCGUGCUUCUUCCCACAGAACUUGAUCGCCAACAUCCAAACUCCACUGUUUAUACUCAAUGCAGCAUACGAUUCAUGGCAGAUACAAUCCAGUUUAGCUCCAGCAUCAGCAGAUCCUGCUGGGUUCUGGCACGAGUGCAGAUUAAACCAUGCAAAAUGUACUCCAUCACAAAUCAAUUUCUUGCAAGGAUUCAGGAAUCAAAUGCUGAAUGCAGUAAAACGAUUCUCUAUGUCUAACAAAAAUGGGUUGUUUAUUAAUUCAUGUUUUGCGCAUUGCCAAACUGAGAGGCAGGAUACAUGGUUUGCUGACGAUUCUCCAGUUAUUGGAAAGAAGGCAAUCGCAAUAGCUGUCGGAGAUUGGUAUUUUGACCGAACAAGUGUGAAGGCUGUUGAUUGUCCCUACCCUUGUGACAAUUCUUGCCACAAUCUGGUCUUCCAAAGAGCAAAUUAA